AUGGACGAAGCAAAGCACACGGACGGCCUCACAUCGUCUGCGAUCGACCAUGGCACUAUCGAUCAGUCUGAUCUCGAGCUGGAAGAGAAGCGAGGCAACGACUUCGAUCAGCGUGGUAUGAUACGCAUGGGAAAGCGGCAAGAGCUACGUCGCGAGUUCCAUUUCUUCAGCAUAUGGGGAUUCGCAGUCAUCCUGGGCUGUUCGUGGGAAUAUGUCUUGGUUAAUGGUGUCCUGUCUCUUCCGAAUGGCGGCACGGCUGGGAGUGUCUGGAUGUUCUUGAUUGCAUGUAUUGGCAUGUUCUUGGUGGUGCUUUCGAUGGCGGAGAUGGCCAGCAUUGCUCCCACAGCCGGCGGUCAAUAUCAUUGGUGCUCUGAAUUCGCUCCUCCACAGCACCAGAAGUUCUUGUCCUACACAGUCGGCUAUCUGUGUGUACUCGGUUGGCAUGCCUCACUAGCCGGUACAUGCUAUGCCGCCGGUCAGCAAGUCGAAGCCAUCAUCGUCCUCGCGAACCCGAAUUACACCAUCCAGACUUGGCAGACGGCCUUGCUUGCACUGGCAAUCGUUCUUGUGGCGAUCAUGUUCAACACGGUCUUGUACCGCAAGCUCCCGCUCGUGGAAGGUAUUGUCAUGAUAGUGCACGUGUUCGGAUUCUUCGCGAUCAUCGUGGUCCUCUGGUGUGUCCUACCAAGCCAAUGGAAAGCGGCAGUAGCUGACGUGUAG